AUGGCGGAGCGGGCGCCGGAGCCCGAGGCGGAGGCGGAGGCGGAGGCGGGCGCAGGCGGGGAGGCGGCGGCCGAGGAGGGCGCGGCGGGCCGCAAGGCGCGGGGCCGGCCGCGGCUCACGGAGUCGGACCGGGCCCGGCGGCGGCUCGAGUCCCGGAAGAAGUACGACGUGCGGCGCGUGUACCUGGGCGAGGCGCACGGGCCCUGGGUGGACCUGCGGCGCCGCAGCGGCUGGAGCGACGCCAAGCUCGCCGCCUACCUCAUCUCGCUGGAGCGCGGCCAGCGUAGCGGCCGCCACGGAAAGCCUUGGGAGCAAGUCCCCAAAAAGCCAAAGCGGAAGAAAAGGCGGCGGCGCAACGUGAACUGCCUGAAGAACGUGGUGAUCUGGUACGAGGACCACAGGCACCGCUGCCCCUACGAGCCGCACCUGGCCGAGCUGGACCCCACCUUCGGCCUGUACACCACGGCCGUGUGGCAGUGCGAGGCCGGACACCGCUACUUCCAGGAUCUACACUCGCCCCUCAAGCCGCUCAGCGACUCAGAGCCCGACAGCGACAGAGUGGCCAAUGGCCUGGUGGCCGGCAGCUCCGACUCCUCCGACUCUGGCUCUGGCUCCGGCUCCGACGAGCCCCCCGAGGGCCAGGCGGCCAUCACCCCCAGCAGCCCAGCAGGCAGCAGCGGGCUCAUCACGCAGGAGGGUGUGCACAUCCCCUUCGACGUCCACCACGUGGAGAGCCUGGCAGAGCCGGGCACCCCGCUGUGCCCCCACCCGGCGGGCAGCAGCCCUGAGGCCCUGGAGACGGUGGUGUGUGUGCCCGUGCCCGUGCAGGUGGGCGCGGGCCCCGGUGCCCUCUUUGAGAACGUGCCACAGGAAGCACUGGGCGAGGUGGUGGCCGGCUGCCCUGUGCCCGGCAUGGUGCCCGGCUCUCAGGUCAUCAUCAUCGCGGGCCCCGGCUAUGACCCGCUCGCGGCCGACGGCCUCCAUCUCAAUGUGGCCGCGGGCAGUGGGGCGCCAGGCAGCGGCCUGGGCGAGGGGGUGCCCUGCGCCCUGAUGGAGGGUGUGGCGGCCUACACCCAGACGGAGCCUGAGGGCAGCCAGCCCGGCCUCGUGAACACAGCUGCCAUGGACGGCGUGGAGGCCAAGAAAGAGAAGGAGGACCUGUACUUGCUGCAGAAGGAGGAGAAGGAGGAGCUGGUGGCCCCAGAGCUGGCUGAGCUGGCGGCGACGGUGCCCCGGAGCACAGAGGUGGACGGGGAGGAGCUGGACAGCAGUGACAUGUCGGCCAUCAUCUACGAGAUCCCCAAGGAGCCUGAGAAGAGGCGGCGAAGCAAGCGGGCGCGGGUGACGGAUGCCGACGGCCUGCUCGAGAUGUUUCACUGUCCCUACGAGGGCUGCAGCCAGGUCUACGUGGCCCUCAGCAGCUUCCAGAACCACGUCAACCUCGUGCACCGGAAAGGAAAGACCAAAGUGUGCCCUCACCCCGGCUGCGGCAAGAGGUUCUACUUAUCCAACCACCUGCGGCGGCACAUGAUCAUCCACUCAGGUGUGCGUGAAUUCACCUGCGAAACCUGCGGCAAGUCCUUUAAAAGGAAGAAUCACCUGGAGGUGCACCGGCGCACGCACACCGGCGAGACGCCCCUGCAGUGCGAGAUCUGCGGCUACCAGUGCCGGCAGCGCGCGUCGCUCAACUGGCACAUGAAGAAGCACACGGGCGAGGUGCAGUACAACUUCACGUGCGAGCGCUGCGGGAAGCGCUUCGAGAAGCUGGACAGCGUCAAGUUCCACACGCUCAAGAGCCACCCGGACCACAAGCCCGCCUGAGCCGCCCGGCAGGCGGCCGCCCCUAUUUAUUCGUCCGCUUGGGGCCUCGCCCGGGGGCCUGUCGGGGGCCGCCGGGUCCGCGGGCCGGAAGGAGGCGCCCCCCACACCCCCACUCCCGCCCCAGGGCUGGGCCCCCGGGCAGCUCCCCGCACCUCUCCAUCCCCCACCCCGCCCUGUCCCAUCCCUCCCUCGGAGCCGGCGCCUGGGGCCGCCCCGCUGGAACGGUGUGGAGAGCAAAGCGCGAUUAAAGAGCGAACAGGGAGCUGCCCCUCCCCUAGGCCUGGAUGAUUUCGGGGGGCCGGCCCUCUCCCCCUCCUCGGUC